CGGUGUGCUUUUGCUGCUGUCGUUUAUCUUAUCAAUUUUCGGCAUUUAAAACAAACUUAUAAGCUGAAAUUUCAGUCAGUCAGUACCUUUAUUGCGCACAUUAAAGUGACACAGUUUGGUAAACCGCAGUAGUCCAGUGAAACCUCACUUUUCAUCUAAGCAACCAGCAACAUAACAUAAUGGAAACUCCCACUGCCACCAGUAGUGACGUGCCGCCGGUGCUGGAAUCCUGCAUUCCGCUGCCCAUCGACGAAUGCCGGCUGGUCGAUGUUGUCGAAAAGGCGAAAGAUUGGGCCAUCAUGCACGGGGCGGCCAUGCGCUCCAAGACGGACUUCAAUCCGGAUGCCCUGCAGUUCGCUCCGUUCAUCCUGACGCCAAGUUCAUUCCCGAGGAAAGAGUUCGAAAAGGCGAUUGAGUUGCAGACCACCCUCAACGAGCUGAUGCAUGCCGUUUCUCAUGAUACCGAGUUCCUGCGGGAAACGCUUCAAGGUACAAUCAAAGUGGACGCUUUUACCCGGUCCUUGUUCGAAAUCUACGAAACCGUUCUGAAAGAGGGAAUCGCCCAGCCGAAAUCGCUCGCGCUGCUCCGGUCUGAUUAUCUGGCAAACUUUAUCGAAUCGAACGCCAUUAAGCAGGUAGAAAUCAACACGAUCGCCUCCAGCUUUGGAGGCAUCUCGACCUCAAUGGCACCAAUGCAUAGUUUUAUUUUGACGGAGCUUGGACAUUCGGAGAAGCUUGCCCAGCUACCGGAAAACCGUGCCUUGUACGGGCUAUGUGACGCCAUGGUCGAAGCGUGGUCACUUCAGGUCCGCCCGCAGGCGGUGAUCUUGUUCGUGAUCGAGGACGUGACGUACAACAUUUGCGACCAACGCUUCCACGAGUUCUACAUUCGUGAAACCUAUCCGCUCAUUCCGGUCGUGCGUCGCACGUUGACUCAGCUGAGCGAGCAGGCUAAGCUCGGUCCGCGUGGGGAACUCGUGUUGGGCAGCGAUAAAAUGGAGGUCGCGGUAAUCUAUUUCCGAGCGGGUUACGAACCAGGUCACUACUAUGGGGAGAAGGAAUGGGCUGCCCGAUUGCUGAUGGAACGAUCCACCGCUAUCAAGUGUCCUUCGAUUCAGUAUCAUUUGGCCGGAACGAAGAAGGUUCAGCAGGCCCUGGCAAAGCCAGGCAUCUUGAAGCGAUUCAUCUCCGAUGAACGUAAGAUCGAUACCAUUAAGGAAAUCUUCACCGGUCUGUACUCGCUGGACAAGAACGAAGAGGGCGAUGAGGCCAUUAAAUUGGCACUAAGUAACCUCGAGCGAUACGUACUGAAACCACAGCGCGAAGGUGGCGGUAACAAUGUUUACGGAACAGAUAUUCCAGCAGCACUGGAGCGCAUGAGCGAAGACGAACGUUCGGCUUGGAUUCUGAUGGAGCGGAUCUUUCCACCGGUAUCCAAGGGUUACAUGGUUCGGCCCGGCGGUAAGAUGCCUCCGCAAAUUGUGAAUCUAGUAUCGGAGUUGGGCAUAUUCGGUGCUAUCAUUGGGACCAAGGAUAAAAUCAUUUACAACAAACAGGUUGGGCACAUGCUGCGUACCAAAUUGUCCAGUGCAAACGAGGGCGGAGUGGCUGCCGGUUUGGGAGCGUUGGACAGUCCCUAUUUGAUCGGAUAGAAAAUGGGCAAGAAGUUAACUAUUGGUUUGUGCAUCGUACGUUUUACUAGUAAAACAUAAUUCCAACAAAAGUAUGGCUCCUAUGUAUUUUAUAUAUUGCACUUUACACAUGCAUUUUCAUAUACAUUUUUAAC